AUGCGUAAUAUAAGCUUCUUGGAUAACCUCACACCCGUACAAGCACAGUCCAUUCCACUGGCUUGUAGUGAUAGGGAUUUACUUGCUGUCGCACCGACCGGUUCUGGUAAGACUUUAGCAUACUUGCUCCCACUUCUGCACUCACUUGGUGAGCCAAAGAAGGAAGGCUUCAGGGCGGUUAUCAUAUCCCCAACGAGAGAGUUAGCUCAGCAGAUACGAAACGAACUCGCCAGAGUUGGUAUCGGUAGAAGGUGGCGAAUUUCUGUUCUUAGUAAAGCUAAUCAAGCUACGAUGAAAUCAGAUCCAUCUACCCGUUCAAAGCAUGAUAUUCUUAUUUCUACUCCUCUAAGACUAAAACAUGCAAUAGAGACCGAAGAAGUGGAUCUUUCAAACGUUCGCCACCUUAUCCUCGAUGAAGCCGACAGACUGUUAGAGAUGGGUUUCAUAGAUCAAGUUGACACUAUUGUUGGUGCAUGUUCACACUCCUCGAUUCGUAAAUCACUCUUCACCGCCACCCUUCCCGCAUCGGUUGAGGAGGUUAGCCAAAAUAUUCUGCGUAUGCCCGUUAGAAUGAUAAUCGGGCGCAAAGAUGCCGCAGCAAAGGGUGUACAACAGAAACUGAUGUAUGUUGGUAGAGAAGAUGGUAAAUUACUUGCUGUUCGACAACUUGUUCAAGCUGGUGAGCUCAAACCGCCAGUACUUAUUUUCGUUCAAAGCGUAGAGAGAGCAAAUGAGCUUUUCAAUGAGCUUGUAUACGAUGGUGUUAGAGUUGAUGUCAUCCAUGGUGAACGUACGGCUGCACAAAGAGAUGAAGUUAUCAAGCAAUUCCGUAGAGGUGAUGUUUGGGUAUUGAUCGCAACUGACGUUCUCGCUCGUGGUAUAGACGUCCAAGCUAUCAACUUGGUUUUGAACUAUGAUUUCCCUCAAAGCCCGGCUUCUUAUGUUCACAGAGUUGGUCGUACCGGUAGGGCUGGUAGAAUUGGUCAAGCUAUUACCUUCUUCACAAACGAUGAUGCUCCUUACCUUAAAUCGGUCGUCAAUGUCAUGAAGAGUAGUGGAUGUGAUGUACCAGAGUGGAUGUUGAAGUUGAAGAAGCCUAAUAGCAACAUGCGUAAAGCAUUGAAAAAGAGACCAAUUGAGAGGGAAACAGUCCAUGAAGCGGCUGGAACUAACGUCGGUAGAGAUGAUGUCAAGAAGCACAAACAGAUUGUAAAUGCUUCUAAGCGAAGAAAAUUAGCCAAAGAAGAUGUCAGCAAGGAGGAGAAGGACCGUAAGGAGGAAAAAGAUGAUUAA